AUGUGCACCCGAUUAAUGUUGCCUGGGGAGAUAGCUCUUGUCACAUGCCCUCCUGAUUAUGCUUACGACAAAUUCUCAAGGCCAGCCGAAGUUCCUCAAGGUGCUUACAUUCAAUGGGAGAUUGAGCUUCUUGAUUAUGAGAAGCAAAAGGACUGGACUGGCUUCAACUUCAGAGAGAUUAUGGAUGAUGUUGAGAAGAUUAAAGGCACGGGUAAUAGGCUAUUCAAAGAAGGCAAAUAUGAACUUGCCAAGGCUAAAUACGAGCAUGUGCUUCGGGAAUUUAAUCACGUUAAUCCUCAAGAUGACGAUGAGGGAAAAGAGUUUUCAGACACAAGAAAUUUGUUGAAUCUGAACGUGGCUGCCUGUUGGCUGAAGCUGGGCGAAUACAGAAAGUCAGUUGAAGCUUGUAACAAGGUAUUGGACACUAACCCGGUUCAUUCCAAAGCUCUUUACCGCCGAGGAAUGGCACACAUGGCCGCUGGAGAUUUUGAAGAAGCUAGAGCCGAUUUCAACAAGAUGAUGAUGGACAAAUCAUCGGAAUCAACUGCCAAGUCAGCUCUCGUUAAACUUAAGAAGGAAGAACAGGAGGUUCACAAACGGGCUCGUCAACAAUUUAAGGGAUUGUUCGACAAGAAACCUGGAGAGAUUUCCGAGGUCGGUGGCCCUGAUCUGGUACAACAAGGUCCAGGUGAACCCCAUGAAAUCGAUAACCGUGAUUCCACGGAUGGUGAAAAGGAACAUCUUCUUGAGGCCACUGCUCCUCCAACACGGGCAAAUGUGUGGUCGAGAUUGUGGCCUGCUGGCAGUAGACUUUUUUCGGCCCUCGGAUUGGACAGGUGUACCAUAUUGUGA